AUGUGUUCCAGUUCCCAAGGAUCAUUAUCAUUGUUUUUAUUUGUUUUGUUUGCACUUAAGGUAUCAUUUUGGGUAUAUAGGAUGUGGACUGUGCAGGAGGACGAGUACAAGAACACUGAACUCAGUUUUUCAGGUUUGGAGUUAAGUCCGCUCAGUGGAACUGAGGACGCGGCGUUCAAACCUAUUGGAGUGUACACGAAAAGUUCACAGGUGUUUGUUAAUGCCUCCACGACACCAUUGACGGGCACCCCACCAAAUGACCGUUGCCCAACAGCAACUUUACUUCCACCACAACGAACUCCUGGAAGUCCUGCUGCGGCGGGACGUUUUUUCCCACGUUCCCAAGCUGCUAAUGUCAGUGUCAUGCGCGUCGAUGCGCCGCCUUUUGAGCCGUCGUCUAACAAUUUGGCGGCUGCCAUUACUUUUGUUGAGACGCCAACCGGAGGGAAACGUGGCGGGUUGCCUUUCACAGGACCUUCAGAGCGCCGCAGCCCCCAUUUAAUGAUGCCUAUUGAUGACACACCCGGGAGGGAUAAGGAUCGUACCACAUCUCAAUAUGUGGAAUGGAGUGGCCAUCAUGUUAAUUCAUACCACUCCCACAACGCCAUGCGCCCCUUUACCACUGGUGGUAGUGGCAACAGUACUGUAAGUGUCGAGAAUUUAAGGGGAAACGUUUACGAGCUGGCAAAGGAUCAACAUGGUUGUCGCUUCCUUCAGCGCUUGCUGUGCGAUCCGGAGGCAGAUUGUGAGAUUCCUCGGACGAUAAUGAGCGAAAUUGUUCCACACGUCGCUGAAUUGAUGACAGAUCAAUAUGCCAACUUCUUGGUUCAAAAGCUGUUUGAUAUUAUGCCUAAAGAUGUAAGGUACAGCGUCGCAUGUGUUGCGGCCCCGAAAAUUGCUGCCAUAGCGCUUACGCCGCACGGUACCUUCAGCGUGCAAAAGAUGAUCGAAACUAUUUCCUCACGUGAGGAGUUAGUGAUCAUUCGUGAAGCGCUAUCCAAAGAUGUUGUGCGUCUUGUGAAGGAUGCGAAUGGUAAUCACGCUAUUCAAAAGGUUCUUCAGCUGUUUGAACCGGAUGAUAAAGAGUUCGUUUACGCUGCCGUUGCUGUGGACUGCAUUACCAUUGCAAAGAAUAAGCAGGGUUGCUGUGUGCUGCAACGUUGCCUCGAGUAUGCUUCCCCUGCUCAGCGGUCCACCCUAGUGAGACAUAUUUUGGAGUGCUGUUUGCAAAUUGCUGAGGAUCCGUAUGGAAAUUAUGUUCUCCAGUACGUGAUUUCCGCGGGUGAUAGCAAAACCAUUGACACGAUUGCAAUCGCAUUUCUGCCUCAUUUAGUCCAAUUAUGCAUGAACAAAUUUAGCUCCAACGUCAUGGAGAAGGUUUUAUGCCGAGUGUCACCACUCGUGCAGGAAAUGUACGUGGAUACUAUGUGUACACCGGAGGUUGCAGCUCGAUUAAUUCAGGAUGAUUUCGGCAACUACGUACUUCAAACAGCAUUGACUAUAUGCACGGCAGGACAAGCGGAAGCGCUUGUUUCUGUCAUUCGGCCUCUGAUGCCAUCAAUUAGGAAUACGCCUUAUGCAAAGAAGCUUGAGGGAAAAAUUGAGAGCGCCAUGUUGAAGAAUGCGAAUGGUCACGUGCCUGCAGUUGGUGUUGAAAUGGGCCGACUGUUGGAAAUGCAGGAAGCGGGAAGUGAACAUUCGCCCUCUUGCCACAGUUCUGAUAUUCGUGCGCCUCAAAACCAACCGCUCUCCGGCUGA